AGGAGAGGGUGGGAGGGAGAAGCUACUUCACUUAAAAAAUUUGCAACUGCGAUUUUAAUUCAAGUUUUGAACCGGCAGAGACCGUGAAAGAACAAAGUGGAAAGCAGAAAACUUUGAAGAGCUGCUUUUACUCAAAGCAUUUCAACGUUCAUAAUCCUGGAUUGCGAUCUUCACAGCUUUUUGAAUCCCUAGAUUUUGAGGAUGGUGGGAGCUGUUGCAGGAUUGCAUGAACAUGUUAAAUUGGCUAAGGAAUACGCCCUGGAAGGCCUCUACGACACGGCAAUCAUAUUCUUCGAUGGCGCCAUUGCUCAGAUCAACAAGCACAUGAGCACGCUUGAUGACCCUUUAAUCCGAGCGAAAUGGAUGAAUGUGAAGAAAAGUCUAUCUGAAGAAAUAGAUAUAGUUAAACAGUUGGAUGCGGAGAGAAGGGCCUUCAAGGAGGUUCCGGGGACUAUACGCUCUUCCUCACCUCCUAUUAAUACUAACUCAUCAUUUAUUUUUCAACCGUUAGAAGAGUACCCUACUUCCUCAGGUGCUCCGAUGGAUGAUCCUGAUGUUUGGAGACCUCCAAGCCGAGAUCCAGCAGGCAGAAGGCCUACCAGGGCUGGCCAAGUGGGUAUGAGGAAGUCUCCACAAGAUGGUGCUUGGGCUCGUGGUGGUUCAACAAAAGCAGGUGCAAGUAGUCGUGGAGCAAAGACUAGUUCUUCAGGUAGAACUGGUUCAGGAGUCAGAGCUUCCGGCGCUUCCGGACCUGGGAAAAAAGGCAACGCAUCUGGCAAGUCCAACUCCAGCAAGACAGAGUCAGCUAAUGGAGACACUGAAGAUGGAAAAUCAAGAAGGGCACAAUAUGAAGGACCUGAUCCAGACUUGGCCGAAAUGUUGGAAAGGGAUGUCUUGGAGACGAGCCCUGGAGUUAGAUGGGAUGAUGUUGCAGGGCUGAGUGAAGCCAAAAGACUUUUGGAAGAAGCUGUUGUCCUACCCUUGUGGAUGCCUGAGUAUUUCCAGGGAAUUCGGAGACCAUGGAAAGGUGUUCUUAUGUUUGGCCCCCCUGGUACUGGGAAGACUCUUUUGGCCAAGGCAGUUGCUACAGAAUGUGGGACAACAUUUUUCAAUGUUUCUUCUGCUACCUUAGCUUCGAAGUGGCGUGGUGAGAGUGAGCGCAUGGUUCGGUGCUUGUUUGAUCUUGCGAGAGCUUAUGCUCCAAGUACAAUUUUCAUUGAUGAGAUUGAUUCUCUUUGCAAUUCUCGGGGGGCUUCAGGAGAGCAUGAAUCAUCCAGAAGGGUGAAGUCUGAACUUCUAGUACAAGUAGAUGGUGUUAAUAACAGCUCCAUUGGUGAAGAUGGUAGUCGCAAAAUUGUGAUGGUCUUGGCAGCCACCAACUUUCCAUGGGAUAUAGACGAGGCACUUAGGAGGCGGCUGGAAAAGAGAAUAUAUAUUCCUCUUCCAAAUUUUGACAGUCGGAAGGAGCUUAUAAGGAUUAACCUUAAAACUGUUGAGGUGGCUCCUAAUGUUGACAUUGAUGAAGUGGCCCGUCGAACGAAGGGAUACAGUGGGGAUGAUCUCACGAAUGUUUGCCGUGAUGCUUCCUUGAAUGGCAUGAGGCGUAAGAUAGCUGGUAAGACUCGUGAUGAGAUCAAGAACAUGUCAAAGGAUGAGAUCUCGAAGGACCCAGUUGCCAUGUGUGACUUUGAAGAAGCUAUAACCAAGGUCCAGCGAAGCGUUUCUACUGCAGACAUUGAACGCCAUGAAAAGUGGUUUUCAGAGUUUGGAUCAGCAUAGAAUUUGAGAAAUGUUCAGUUCAAUUGGUUGUUUCUCCAGGGGUCCAUAAGGUCUAUCUGAUGAUUGGUGAUUUGUUUAUAUAUCUUUUAGCUAUAUUGUUUGUGUUGAUAAUCAUUUGUUGUAUUGUAAAGAUAAUAAUGAUUUUUUUUUUGGUGUCUUAA